AUGGCACCGCCCAGGAGGGGCUAUGUUGCGUGUCCUCACGCUGCUUGCCGCUAUCAGUGGAAUUGGCGUAUUCAUACUAAGCGUUGGAAGUGCGGAGGCAAUCUCAAGCCAUCGCCCAACGACGCGGCAGGCAAGGGCAAGAGCAAAGGUAAAUGGGACUAUGGACCGCCGCACUCCGCCCCCAGCCCCUUCGCUUCGUGGGACAAGGGCGCAGCAUGGGCUCAAGAUGGACAAUGCACCUCCGCCACCGCCUCCCUUGACGGGUCGUCUCCGUGGGCUCCUACGCCCGAGCAACUUCUCGGCGCUUUGGAGCGCAGACUGCCCCCUGGGGCAGCGGGCGACAUGGGUGCCCACCUCAGCGCGCUUGCCGCAGCCCUGCAGACGCCCUCGCCCGACAAGAAGCAAAAGGUUCAGAAGCCUCGACCAGAACUCGAGCGCGAGCAGCAGUUACACCAGUCAGCGGUUGCAGCUAGGAAGGCCCAGGAGGCCCUCGACAAAGCUGUCACCUUCGAAGAAGAGUGCAAGGAGUGGCUGCACAAGGCGUCCGCGGACCUCCAGCAGAAGGCCCGGGCCGCUGCCGCCACGGCAGCCGCCCACCAGCGCCUCCUGCGCAGCAGCCUGGAGGCGCAGCCGCCCCCGCCGCUCCAGCCAGCGGCCAUCAACCUCACCGCCAUCCUCGAGACCACGGGGCCCGAGGACCUGGGCAAGUUGGUCUGCUUCGAGGACGGCGACCUCUUCUCAUUCGGCGACCUCGAACUCGAGCAGGAGGAGAUCGAGCAGUGGAACCGCCGCAAGUCCGAGCUGGCCGCCGAGGUCAGCAAGCUCAUCGUCGCCGCGGUCGGCCCUUCGGCACAAGGGCUGGCUCAGAGGAAGCAGGCUUUCGCCGACUACCGCGCCCGCAUGGCGCACAAGCGGCGUCGCACCGCAGCUGGUGGAAUGGCUGCAGGCCGCGGUGCUGGCCAGGCAAAGGCCUCGGACUCUCGAGAGCUGGCCUUCUAUCUCAGGCGCCACAUCAAGAGCCACUCUUUCAAGGACCUCUGUCGUUUUGACGAACAGCAGAUUGGCGCGGGCCGCUUAGACGGCCUCCUUCAGGGUGGCGGCCCCGUCGACUUCUGGGACUUCGCACCUGUGGCCGUCGAGCUCACGGGGGGCAUGGAUUUCAUUUUUGUCGCCCUCUAUAUCACGCCUGGGGAUGAGCUCAUGGGCGUCAAUGCAGAGAAGCUCACGAACCUGGGGGCUUUCCUCAGACUCUCGCAGAUGCCUUGGGUUGUUGCCGCGGAUUGGAACGUGACACCGUCGGACCUUAGGAACUACGACGAGGUGAUUCAGAUCAUGGCCCUGGACCCGCCCCGCGCUGUUGGCACGGCCGCGUCUUGCGGCGAACCUGAUCAUGGCCCAGGGCCAGAGGAUGGCAUCGGUGUGCAACCUGGGCCGCAGCCUCCGACAUGCAGCCUGAUGGACCAGGCCGAAGUUGAUUUUGACCGCAUGGAUAUACUGAGCGACAUAGAUUUGGAUGAGGAGCUCGACGUGGCCUGCCCCUACAACCUGACGCCGCAGAGAGGGGGGCCCGAGCAGAUCACCCUGUCGGACGCCGAGAAGGACGCCCGCUGGAGUGACCUGAGCCCCGCCAGCCGUUUUGCCAAGCCGAUCCUUAGUUGCAUCCAGGACUCUUGGGCUUUCAGGCUCUCGACCCAAUCUGCGGCCCUUGGUGAUCUCUUUUCGAGCUGGGUCGAUCGGCUCGAACGUUUCUAUUGCGACAUCUACCAGCUGCCUAAGGAGCAGCAAAAGUUCUACCCUGGCCGCGCCUCUGCCAAAAAUGAAUCCUUCCCAGCGCUCACCCUGGAGCACCUCCAAGAAGCUUUGCGGCAGAUCCCUGUCCAGACUGGGCGUGGGAUCGAGAACCUCGGCCCUCGGGACAUCCAGGAGCUGGGGCCCCAGGACCAAACCGAGCCGUUGCAAGUUUUCCACGCAGCGGAAGCAAAUAUUGCCUGGCCUUGGCAGCUGCUGCCAUCUAUCAUCGGCCCCUUGCCUAAGGACUCUGGCGGCCAACGGGCGAUCGCCCUUCUGUGCUGGUUGCCCAGGCUCUGGAGCCUCCUCCGUAAUCAGAUCUCUCGGGACUGGCUGGAGGGGGAGGCGGGUUUCUGGGGCGAGGCCAUUCGAGGCAUCAGCGCCCUCAGGGCGGCAGUUGGCAGACAUUUCAUGGACGAGGCUGCAGAUGCCACCGGGUCUCUAGGUCGUUUCGCCACCUCGAAGGCUCGAGGUAGAUGUCUGACCACGGCCUUGCACAUUGACUACGGGGACCAGGCCCGCGCCUGUUUCACAGAAAGCGCGUGGCCGUUCCGACACACCCUCGCCUCGUUCACGUUGGCCUGCGUGGCACCGUGUUUUGCGACGUCAGCGCUCGGCAAGUCGCAGCGGGGCAUUCCAGACCCCAAUAUCACUCCAAAGCAGCGCACAGCGUCCAGGCCGCCCUUUCGUAGCCGCACGAGAGCAGCAGGCAGUGGACGCCAGCCCGACGACGCCAAAGACACGAAGGUCACAUCAGGAGAUGCUGUUGUCAGGGCGAGAAGGGCGCUCAAUGCCCUACGUAAGCUCGGACUCGCCGAAGAUCCCACGCUCGUCGCUCAAGCCAAGAAGGACUUGCAAGUGGCCGAGGCGGAUGAGCAGUCGAGGCGCACGCCAAACGAAAUGCUACGCCGCAGCCUCGACAACCUCAACUUCAAGACGAAGGGGGCGGGCGAGCUCAAGGCCAGCGCGUCCGACAUCGAGUCCAAGCUCACCACAGAGCUGACUGACUCCGCGCAGCGCCUUGAGGCCGUCGUGCAGGGUGCUCCAGGUGAGCUCCUGGCGGGCAACCAGCAGGCCAUGCUUGCCUCUUUGGAGCGCCAGGCACAGGAGCUUCUCGGACUCGUGGCCACAGAGAGCAGUCGGAGGGCGAAGAGGAAGGCCUUCACCAUCUCUACUUACAAUGCCAACGGAUGGCCUCGCCUCAAGGACUACCUCGAGGACGGGGUUGGAGGAUCUGCCCUGGUCGCGUCUCAGGAGGUCCGCCUCUCGAGGGAUGCGCGGCUACAGGCGGAGGAGUGGCCGACAAAGCUGAGCGAGUCAAAAUCUGCCGAGAAGAUCGACGGACACUUGGUCGCGGCAUCUCUUGGCUCACACAGGGUGGCGAAGACAGGGCUCGAGGCCCGCGGUGGCCGCUGGAGGGCGCACAGCGACGGCCUCGCGCCUCCGCCCGGGCGCCGCGCCCUCGGCGCCAUGGCCACGGCGGAGCUCGGGGCCUCCCAGAUGUCGCAGCGGAAGGCCGAGAUCAAGAACCACGACAUGACCGAGGCCAGCCGGGCCCUGAUAUCUGGGCGCGGGCGCUCGUUCCUGUUGCCGGGGACCGUGGCCUCGAAGCCGCGGAGCCUCGGCUUCUGCUGCAAGGUUUCAGAGCUGCCCUCUCAGGGCCGCCUGGCUUUGGCCGGGCUGCUUUGGGCGGGCGAAGACCCACUGGCGUUCCAGAGCGAGUUCGCCUCCACGAGCGGGAAGCAGAACAGGCCGUUCGCCUAUUCUUUGUCGAUCACGAAAGAGUUGGUGAGGGCGGCGACCACGUCCGGGAGACGGACGCCCUCGUCCUUUGACUGCAGAAAGACCAGCGCCACGCCCAUGGCGCGAGAGUCGACCAUGGUCCGGCGAGAUAUCCAUCGGCACAGCGUACUCCAGUACCAGGCCAUCUCGAAUCCGGUCGCAAACUUCUCUUCGUCGCGCCUCGGGGCCCCUCACUCCGGUCGCGCAGUCGGUGGCAACCCGAGCCUGGAAGGCUACCCAGACAUAGUCGGGGAUCCGUCGCUCGUGGCGCAUGCAGGCGAGGAGCUCGAUCAGCGGGAGAUGCAGGCGGAGAUCAUGCUCCGUGCCUCGCGGUACAAUACCGAGAGGGAGAUCGCAAAUUUCAUCAAGAAGGAGUUCGACAAAAGGCACUCUCCCUUCUGGCACGUGGUGGUGGGCAAGAACUUCGGCUCGUACGUCACGCACGAGACGAAGCACUUCAUCUACUUCUACCUCGGCCAGCACGCGGUCCUGGCCUUCAAGGCGGGCUGA